GUUUCUCGCUGGCGAAAAUUGAAAAAGCACGGAAGAGGGAACGGAGAAAUGCAUACAAUGUUGCAGCAACAACUACAGUUCUUAUCUUCUCCACCGGUAGCGGUCAAAUUCAAAGCCCUAAACCCUAAAUUCUGCCACACCAGCUCUUUUUCCUACACUAACUCCAUUGACACAAGCCAUGGUUUUAGUUCAAAUAUCUCUACCAUCUCUUUCAAAGAGAACGUCACGAAGAAGCUGUUAGUGAAAUGCCGCCACUCAGAUUACUUUGAGCAAAAAAAAUUCAGCGAUUCUUCUUCUUUUUCUUCGCAGUCUCCAGCUGGGGCAACAACCGCUGGAGGAUUACCACCUAGGUUUUUCGUUGGCCACUCGAUAUACAAGGGAAAGGCUGCUCUUACGGUGGAGCCUAGAGCUCCGGAGUUUGUGGCUUUAGAUUCAGGGGCAUUCAAAUUAUCCAAGGAAGGUUUUGUUCUGCUACAGUUUGCCCCUGCAGCAGGAGUUCGACAGUAUGACUGGAGCCGGAAGCAGGUGUUCUCAUUGUCAGUGACAGAAAUCGGAACUCUUGUCAGCCUGGGCACAAGAGAAUCGUGUGAAUUUUUUCAUGACCCUUUCAAAGGAAAAAGUGAGGAAGGUAAGGUCAGGAAGGUGUUGAAAGUAGAGCCACUCCCAGAUGGCUCUGGCCACUUCUUUAAUCUCAGUGUUCAAAACAAGCUUUUAAACAUGGACGAGAAUAUUUAUAUUCCAAUUACCAGAGCAGAGUACACUGUCCUCGUCUCAGCUUUCAAUUUCCUCUUGCCAUACCUUAUAGGUUGGCAUGCAUUUGCUAAUUCCAUAAAACCAGAGGAAUUAAGUCGAGCAAAUAACGGCAAUUCUCGAUAUGGAGGAGACUAUGAAUGGAACAGGUAGGAGCAGUGCCAAGUCUUCUGAAUCUGUGUUAGGGAUGUACCUUAUCUAGUUGACUGUUUGUAUUGUAAUUGCCCUUUAUUUAAAAAAAUGAAAGAAAGAAACUCCAAAUAGUUUCAGCAUUUACAUUUUGUUGCAAGGAUUAGAAAAUUGAAUAGUCUGCAUUGCUCCAUGCCUCAUCUUUAUUUCCAAUGGUGCUAUUUUAAUGGAUAGACAACCAGGCUUUUCUUUACUUUUCUUUUUUUCCUAAAAACAUUGCCCUUGCUAUAGGUCACCAAGGUUUUUUUUUUGUUUUUUUCUUGUUUUCCUUUCUUGUCCACUGCCCUGUUUUACAUAGUAAACUAAAGAUUUUUUCUCUGAUAUUUGAAGCACACCACUUUCUGUAAUAUUCAUGAGAUGAACAAAUUAGGGAGGGAAUUCAUUUGGCAA